GGCUGCGCGCCGGCAACGGCGGGGCGAGGAGGUGGGUUUGUCCCCCUCCAUGUGAUGAGGCGGCAGCGGAGCGCGCCAAUAGCAGCGCGCCGAGGCGUCCGGCGGGAGUCCUUUCUCCAGAGUGGACAUUGUGUUCUCUCGUGAUCACCUCUGGAAUCUUAGGAUGGAACGACUCGUUCUGUAAUAGGAGUUAUUGUAAUUUUUUAUUAAUAUUAUGGCCGGCCUGCAAAUCCAGUCCUGGUUACGGGAUCCGCAGUCACUGGGGAGCCCUGUUUGCAGUGUGGAUUUGGACAGCCUUCCUCAGCCAUUGGAGGUCCUAUGCAGUGCAUCUGCUCAACUGUAUGGUCUUCAGCUCUACUGUUUCGAAUGCAGUCUGAGUCUAAGAAGUAUGAGGAUGAGAUACCUUCCCUGCUCUGGGGGUUAGAUCCUGUAUUUUCUGCUUUUGCAAGACUCUAUGUUAAAGAUAUAAAAGAAAUGAGAGAAUCUAAACAAGUGCCAGGUAUAUUCUUCUAUAAUGGACACCCAGUGAGACAGGUGGAUGUUGUUGGGAUGGUGGUUCAAACUAAGGAGCGGGAAGCCUUUCACAGUUAUGGAGUGGAUGAUAGUACUGGGGUUAUAAAUUGUAUCUGCUGGAAAAAUCCCGUGGUAGGAGAAAGAUCUUCAUCAGACUGUCCAAGCACCCCCAGCAGUCUUAAAGUGCUUGAACAGAUGAAGAAAUUCCAGGAAAUGGUGAGCCAGAAAACCAAGCUGGAGAUUGGAGAUGUCAUCAGGGUCAGAGGUUAUGUCCGGACCUUCAGGCAACAAAGAGAAAUUCAGUCUUCAUGUUUUUAUAAGGUGGAUGAUCCUGUGUGUGAUGUUCAGAUUUCAAGAAUGUUGGAGCUCCCCUGGCUUUAUAGAGAAGUUUAUGAUAAGCCUUUCCAAAGCCCAGGGGCGGGACAGAGUGGCUCAGAAGGUUUGGAUUUCUUAGUCCAAGCACUGCAUGAGAAAGUGAGAGACUUCCUACUAGAAAACAAAAUUCAGACCUUUUACCAGCAGGAGCUGGAAACAAUUCAUUCUCUGGUAUCCCUGGCUGAUGGGCCUAAAUCUAGUUCCAGCUGUCAGGUGAAUUCAGGAGGAGAAUCCAGCUCCAAAAGGAUUCACAGUGUUUUCAAGGAAGCAAUAAAGAAACUACAAGAAAAAGGAGUGGUUUUCCAGAAACCUGGUACCUCCAAGGACUUGUACUACCAUGUGACCGACCAUGAUAAGGAGCUGCUUAAAGUGACCCUUGAUGUGAUUAAAGAAGACUGUCGAAAACCCAGGCAUGCUGAAAAAGGCUGCCAUUUUCUUCAUGUCCUGAGUUGUGUUCGGCAGAGCUACAAUCCCAAUCUGGCUGAAGUGGUGAUGCAACGUGUUUUGGAACUGCUGGAGAGCAACAGUGAUAUUGUCAGCACUAUGGAAGGAUAUUAUAUGACAUUUUAAAGAGGGAAGAUAAAAUGCAUUAGUUCUUGUCCAGUCAGGGUAAAGUAUAAGGAAUAUCUGAAACAGAACUCUGGCACUGAAAAGCUAUCACCUACUUUGCUCUCAAUGGGAGCAAAAAAGAGCUUUCUGUUUCUGUAACUGCUAUUUUUGUCCAGCUUCUGAGAAGUUGUCCCAGUAUUUGUUUUAAUAUUCUUGCUGACUUCUUCAUUAUUAAUGGGGAAUGUUGUAUCUAACUAAUUCUAGACACCCUACUAUAGCAGGAAAGCUGGAAGAGACCAUGGGCUUCUACCUGUAUGUGCUUCCCUGAUUAGCAGUGAGAUGUGACAUGGCCUUUCUCACAUCUACAUCCAGUGAGCCCUGAAGAGAAGUCAUUGCUGAAGAGUACUGUUCUCAGCAGUGGUCACAUCAGGACUCAUCUUUCUGGCUUAAAGACUGAUGUUGCGAUCAUUCCUUAUGGUGAUAGCUGUUGUUUUUAUAUAUGCUUUACAAUAGGGAAAGUGCAUGCAGGCAAACAGUCUAAAGGUUACCUGUUCUUCCUGGUAGUGUUGGCACACCCAUGUGUGUAUAUAUAUGUGUGUAUUCCUGAAUGUGCACAGCUUUGUCACUACUAAAACAGACCCCACCUUCCUCUGAAAAGUAAUUUUCAGGAAUGAGGAACUGCAUCCCUUCCCCAUUCUAUAGCCUCCCCCACAGGCUUGUAAAGCUUGUCUGGAUUCCCCUGACUACCAUGUGCACUACUGAUGCAUGUUGUUUUGGAUUCUGUACAGACCAGAAGUUUCAAAAUCAGCUAAUGUCUUUGUUUAUUUUUAGAUUGCUUUGUAUAUCACAAAAUACAAGCCAAAAAUCAGGUGCUUUGGAACAGAAAAUAUGAAAACAAGCAAGACUCACUGUUA